AUGUGUCGGGAUAAGGAAGGGGGUAUCUUGACGGAUGAACGUGAGGUGAUUGAAAGGUGGAAGCAGCACUACGAUGAACAUCUGAAUGGCGCAGAGGCAGAGGACCAAGGCAGCAGGAUGAAUGACAUCGUCGCUACAGCGGAUGAGGGAAACAUGACGGUUCCCACGAUAGAUGAAGUUAAGGAUGCUAUCCGACAGCUUAAGAACAACAAAGCAGCUGCAUCACUAUGGCGCAGCCAGCGAAAAGCCUUAAAUGCCACCUUUGCACCAUCCGUUCUGAACAGUUUUAUUCCCAGAUUCGAGCGCUUCGCGAAGCUCCUGGUUCAGGACCUGUCCGAGAGCGCAGGCUGCACCGUCAACUUGCUCCGGUUUUCUUCGGCAUGUACUUUUAAUAUGAUUUGCCACACCACAAUGGGUAUCGAGGAAAGCGAUAAGGAGGAAAUCGAGACCUUCGUUUCCAAUAUGGAUCAACUUACAGAGAUUGUUGGUCGAAGAUUCCUCUCCGUUCAUCUGCACUCGGAACGCGUAUAUCGGAUGACGGCAACGUACCACCGAGAGAUGGAAUUCCGUAGAAAGUGCAACAAUUAUGCAAUGAAAAUUUUGAACGAGAAGAUGCAAAACAAAGACAACAAUCGAACGCGAAAAGUCUUCAUCGAGCAACUGUUGGAUGGAAGCACGUUAGGACGUACCUUCACAACUACGGAGAUCGUUCAGAAUGUGUAUGGAAUGCUGGCCGCUGGUAGCGAAACCACCGCGUUGACAAUUGCUCAUGCGUGUCUGUUUUUGGCCAUGUUUCCGGACAUCCAGGAAAAGGUUUUCGGUGAAAUUUUUACACUGUGGCCAGACUCCGAUCAACCUCUUACAGCGGCAACUCUUUCCGAUUUAGUCUACAUGGAAGCGUUUCUGAAGGAAGUCCUAAGGCUGUGUCCGGUGGCCCCGAUUAUAGCACGGGAGUCAUCAGCACCUGUGGAACUGGACGGGGUCAAUUUUCCGAAAGGAACGAUCUUCAUUCUAAAUUUCCUAACUUUGCAUCGGCGAUCGGAAAUUUGGGGAUCGGAUGGCGACUGCUUCGAUCCGGAGCGUUUCCUCACGGGGAAUGUAGAAAAUCGGCACCCGUUUGGAUUUCUUCCGUUCAGCGGUGGUCAACGCAACUGUAUAGGUCAACGGUACGCCAUGAUGAGUCUCAAGGUGAUGGUGGUGCAGUUGCUGAGAAGUUUUCGAAUAUCAACUCAAUUACGUUACGAGGACCUACGGUUUCAAUUUGGAUUGCUUCUGGAGCUGUCUUCCGAAUAUCUUGUUCAAUUUGAUAAGCGGUCCGUCGAUCCGUUUCAAAAUGAGACUGGAAAAAUCUUCAAAGAAAAAGAUCUGCUUUGCUAG